AUGCUGGUGGCAGUGCUGCUCCCCUUCUUGUGCUGCCUGAGUCCUGCCGCUGCUGGGAAACUGCUGGUGAUCCCGAUGGAGGGCAGCCACUGGCUCAGUAUGAAGGAAGUGCUGGCCGAGCUGAGCAAGAGAGGGCAUGAAAUAGUUGUCAUCGCACCAGACAGCAAAAUGCUGAUAGAUUCCUCGGGGAUAUAUGAAUUGAAAACAUAUCCUGUACCUUUCAAAAAGGAAGAGAUGGAAGAACUUAUGCGCUCACUUAGUUCAAACUGUUUUAGUGAAGAGCCUUUCCUUAUAAGAUUUUUGAAUACCUGGGAUCAUUUCAGAAAGAGCUCUGCCAUGUUUCAAGCUUCCUGCAGUUCCUUACUGUACAACAAAGAGAUGAUGAAAUACAUUGAAGAAAGUAAAUUUGAUGCCAUCUUUACAGAUCCUCUGACACCCUGUGGACAGAUAAUUGCUUUGCACUUUUCUAUCCCUACUGUUUUCUUCUUGCGGGGCAUCCCGUGUGCUAUAGACAUUCAUGCUACUCAGAGUCCGGACCCACCAUCCUACGUCCCACGAAUGUUCUCACUCAAUACAGAUCAUAUGACGUUUCCUCAGAGAGUGAAGAACUUCCUGAUCAGCGUUUCAGAGUCUUUCACCUGCAGUAUGGUCUUUUCACCAUUUGAAAGCCUGGCCUCGGACUUUCUCCAAAAGCCGGUGACGAUUACGCAGCUUUUAAGUCACGGAUCCAUUUGGCUGAAGAGACUUGACUUUGUCUUUGACUAUCCCAUGCCUGUAAUGCCCAAUAUGAUUUUCAUUGGAGGCAUAAACUGCGGACAGAAGAAACCAUUAUCUCAGGUCAGUGACUGGCUGGGAAAGGGGCUAAAGAUCAUAGUCCAGCAGCAAUAUUUAUUGCAGAAGUACGGAUUCUUCAGUCCUGAUUUCUUGUUGUCUUCCAACUAUGCCUCUGAAUCACACAGUUACGUGUAA